GGCCCUGCGCUCCGCCAUCUUUAUCGGCUGCCCCAUUGUUCGCUCUAGCGCUACUUCCCCCACCCCGCCCCCAGUCUCGGCGGCUUUAUCGUCUUCGUACUGCGCCACAAAAACACAAGCGGACUCGGUGUCACCGGCAGCUUUGCGCGACGGUCGUGGACUUGCCCCCGCCCCGCGUUUGUGACUCGGUCUUGGCCAGCAAAGUUCGAAACAGAAUGGACGAUGACCAGCCCAAAACCCUGUACGUGGGUAAUCUGUCGCGGGAUGUGACAGAAGCCCUCGUCCUGGAGUUGUUCGGACAGAUCGGACCCUGCAAGAGCUGCAAAAUGAUCGUAGAUACGGCGGGUCACGAUCCCUACUGCUUUGUGGAAUUCUAUGAGCAUAGACACGCCAUGGCCACCAUUGCAGCCAUGAAUGGUCGGAAAAUUCUGGGUAAGGAAGUCAAGGUCAACUGGGCCACCACGCCGACCAGCCAAAAGAAGGACACAAGCAGUCACUUCCAUGUUUUUGUCGGCGAUCUAAGUCCUGAGAUCACCACGGAAGACAUCAAGGCGGCUUUCGGUCCCUUUGGGAAAAUAUCUGAUUGUCGGGUGGUGAAGGACAUGGCUACUGGCAAAUCCAAAGGCUAUGGCUUUGUGUCCUUCUUCAACAAAUGGGACGCGGAGAACGCUAUCCAGCAGAUGGGAGGCCAGUGGCUGGGAGGAAGGCAGAUCCGGACCAACUGGGCCACGCGGAAGCCCACGCCUAAAUCCACCAAUGAAAGUGUGUUUAAUAAGACAAACACCACAAAGCAGCUGUCAUUUGAUGAGGUGGUGAACCAGUCCAGCCCCAGUAACUGCACCGUAUACUGCGGAGGACUCACGGCAGGUCUCACAGAGCAAAUUAUGAGACAGACCUUCUCGCCAUUUGGACAAAUCAUGGAAAUCCGUGUUUUUCCGGACAAAGGCUAUUCGUUCGUGAGGUUCAACUCUCACGAGGCGGCCGCCCACGCCAUCGUCUCUGUCAACGGCACGUCGGUGGAGGGCUUUGUGGUCAAGUGCUACUGGGGGAAAGAGACCACAGACUUGGUCAGCCCCAUACAACAGGUCCAGAUGCCGCAGAGCACAGUGAGCUUCGCGGCGCAGCCCUAUAGCCAGUGGGGGCAGUGGUACGGCAACACGCAGCAGAUCGGCCAGUACGUGCCCAACGGGUGGCAAGUGCCCAGCUACAGCGUCUAUGGACAGAGCUGGGAUCAGCAGUGCUACAAUCCUCUUCCUUCUGGCGCCGGAUGGACCGGCGUGGGCACGGUGACCAACGGCGGCAUGGUAGAACCCGGCCAAGGAGUCAACGGAACCAUGCUCGCCAACCAGGCCGGCUUCCACACCCACUGAUCUCACCUUCUGGGACGCCACUCAUUGCUCUCCGCUUAGGGACACGGCUCGGCAUUAUAAUUUUUUUUUUUCAUCUUUGUUUUCUUUGAUCGACUCGGUUCGGUCGGGGGGGGGGGAUACGCACCUCGAGUCCUCGACGCCACCACGGGUCAAGUUGAGCGCAGCUACUACAGUUCAUAAUAGCGAAAAGCGGUGUUGGUUCGGACAGGUUUUGUUUGCAGAGCCAAAGAGAUAUUUUUUCGCGCCCUUCUGUUCCGUGUUGUCUCCCUCUCACGUUAGUCCCGGCCAGUUCUCAGGGUGCGGAAGUCAUUCUGUGAAAUGUAGGAAAUCACUGAGAGUGAGGAAAAAGCAAAAAAAAAAAAAAAAAUGACGAACUGAAUAGCCCAAACGACUUUGUGUGCAUGAACGGACACUUUGACACACAAGGCAGGACCCCACAUCAUUUCUUCACCCCUCAAACCGAAAGGACUAUACCAUUUUUCUUCUUUCUCGGCUUGUAUAAACAGCUUUUUGCCUUUCGUUUCUUUCAGUUCGGGGGAUUCGACUGUCUUACGGAGGGGGAAAAAAUGUCGCAGCUUAUAUAGAAAACAUCGAAUGGCUGCCGACUUGAUUUUUCAUCUUUUAAAUUGGAAUUUUCAAUCAUGUUUCGCAGGGACUAGAACUGCCACACUUGUCUCGACUUAGCAGGCAGGCAAAUAUUGCACAACGACUUAAAGAAAAUCAAUUUGAAGUGUUUUUGUUUGUUUUGCAUUCCACCUCCUUUUGUAAUUUCAUUUUGGAAGUCUUAUUGUAAAUAACCGAGUGCUCUGUUCAAUUGUAUCUGUAUAAAGACGUGUUCAUUCAGAACAUUUGUGUGUGAAUAUGUGAGUGAUUAGUGAGUGCGCGCACGCAUGAGUGAGAGACGGCUGUCU